AUGUCUAAUUGGUUGAACAAAAAAGUUAAGCUAACCCAGCUAGCUUCGUCAUGUGAACUAUCCUGCAAACAAAGAAGCUCUGCACUAACCCGGUGUUGCAGGUUGCUCUCAUGUGCCCAUGGAGAAGGAGCUCUGGACCAGCUCAUAUCUCUGAGCGGUGCAGUUCAGCUUCGUCAUCUGUCCAAUGGACUAGAGACGCUGCUCAAGCGUGACUUCCUGCGCCUGCUUCCUCUGGAGCUGGCCUUCUAUCUGCUGCAAUGGCUUGAUCCACAGACACUUCUCACCUGCUGCUUGGUUUGCAAACAAUGGAAUAAGGUGAUUAGUUCAUGCACAGAGGUUUGGCAGACCGUAUGCCGUGAGCUUGGCUGGAGGAUUGAUGAGUCUAUCCAGGAUGCACCCCAUUGGAAAGGAGUCUAUUUAAAGGCCAAACGAAGAAUGAUGCAGCUGAAAGACCAAGAAGCCUUUGAGACGUCCUCUCUUAUUGGGCAUAGUGCGCGAGUGUAUGCGCUUUAUUAUAAGGAUGGUCUUCUGUGCACAGGAUCUGAUGACCUUUCUGCUAAGUUAUGGGAUGUCCGUACUGGGCAAUGCAUCUAUGGUAUCCAAACGCACACUUGUGCUACAGUAAAGUUUGAUGAGCAAAAGCUAGUGACUGGAUCCUUUGACAACACAAUUGCAUGCUGGGAGUGGAGUACGGGAGCUAAAAUCCAGCAGUUUCGUGGUCACACUGGAGCAGUAUUCAGUGUUGAUUACACCGAUGAGAUGGACAUGCUGGUGAGUGGUUCAGCCGACUUUUCUGUAAAGAUCUGGUCCCUGUCAACUGGAAUUUGCCUGAACACUCUGACAGGACACACGGAGUGGGUCACUAAGGUGAUAUUGCAGAAAAGUGAAGUCGAAUCUGUGGUUCAUAGUCCUGGAGAUUAUAUCCUCUUGAGUGCCGAUAAAUAUGAAAUUAAGGUCUGGCCGUUGGGGCGUGAGAUCAACUGUAAGUGUCUAAAAACACUGUCUGUUUCGGAGAACCGUAGCAUCAGCCUUCAGCCCCGACUGCAGUUUGAUGGGCGCUACAUUAUCUGUAGCUCCGAUCUGGGAGUUUAUCAAUGGGACUUUGCUAGCUUUGAGAUUCUUAGGGUAAUUAAAACCCAAGAUCCAGCAAAUCUGUCCCUGCUGAGCUAUGGUGAGGUGUUUGCUCUGCUCUUUGACAACCACUUUCUCUACGUUUUGGACUUAAGGACAGAGGCCAUCUCGGGCCGCUACCCUCUGCCAGCAUAUAGGAAGUCCAAACGAGGAUCUAGUUUUCUGGCUGGUGUGACAUCAUGGUUAAAUGGACUGGAUGGUGGCAAUGACUCGGGGCUGGUGUUUGCCACAAGUAUGCCCGACCAUAGCAUUCACUUAGUGUUGUGGAAAGAGAAUGGAUAG